AAACAUUUUUUCUUGGACAAAAAUGGCUUCAACUUCAAUAGCUUCUCUACAAUCACUUUCUUUCAUCUCAAACCGCAAUUCGACAUCGAAGAGUGGAAUGAUAAUCAAGAAGAGGCCAUUGACAAUGGUGGCUGCAACCGGAGAUGUGUCAUCUGACAGCACCGUCUAUCUUGUAGCGGGUGCAGCUUUGGUGGCUCUUGUCGGGACUGCUUUCCCAAUUCUUUUUUCUCGAAAGGACACUUGUCCUGAGUGCGAUGGGGCGGGAUUCGUUAGGCAGUCAGGGGGCACUCUUAGGGCGAAUGCAGCUCGGAAGGACCAGACUCAGAUCGUGUGUGCCCGUUGCAAUGGGCUGGGAAAGCUUAACCAAAUUGAUAAGUAGAAAAUGUGUAUAUGUAUAUUUGGUAAGUAUAAAUCUUGUUGUUGUUUGUAAUUCAUUGAAUGACUGAAAUGUUUUGAGGAGAUGAUAUGCCUAUCCAAUGAUCUAGGUUUGGCAUUGAUGUUCUUACUCCGUCAUAUCUUCAUAUGUCAAUGGGUGUUAAGACUCGUUCUAAGGUUUCUUUACAACCGAUCAUCACUAGAUGAAAGGUAAAUUAUCAAUUUGGAAAUGUAAAUGAUCUCGAGAGAGUUGUAUUGUUUCAUCAGAAGUGUUUUGA